AUGUUGUUGGACUGUGGAGCCACCACGAUCUACGUAUCCAAGCGUUGGGUCGAGGAGCACCAGCUUCAGACAACCAAGUUCAGCGACAAGAACAUUCGUGUCAAGCUGGGAGACAACCAAAUUGUCGAGGCGGAGCUUGAAGUUCUGCUGAUAGAGAUUCUGGUCUCGAGGCUGGACGACGCCUACAAGUGUGUGGCAGUCGUCUACCCGAUUCCAGACGAAUUCGAUUGCAUUCUUGGAAUACCAUUCUUCGAAGACAUGCAACCACAUAUUGACUGGAGAGGUCGACGAAUCGAAGGAACGAGAACGAGGACUCUGCACUGGAAGCGAACAGGGAAGACCUGUGAGCCGAUCGAGGAAGGCGGACCGGUGGUUACCUCCGGGCUUCGGAGAUCUGUCGAGGCGAAAGGCCUGUCGGCGAAAAGACCCGAUUCCUGUCGAGGUGCCGCGCUGGAAACGGAUGUGAAGCUCACGGUAGAAGCUGUU